AUGUUUCUGGGGUACCUUGAGUCUCCCGCGUCCAUCUAUGCUCUCGAGUUUGAUGACGAGGCCAACGAGUUCACAGUGGUCAAGAACAACACGGCCGACGCUUCCCACUCAUGGAUUACCUUUGACGUCCGCCUUCCCUCCUCCUUGCCCUCCUCCUUGCCCUCCUCCUCUUCCCCCAACACGGGGACAUUCCUCGCUGACUCAUGA